AUGGAGGGUGAUUUCGAAUUGGGUUUUGGAGUGAAUAUUGGCUGGGCCAUGCCGGUCACAUUUACUGCGGCAGGCGGUGGGGCGCUGCUGAAGCGUGAGUACUUCCAGGUGCUGGUGCGGAUCCGGGCCGGGACUGAGAACGUGGCCCCCAAACCCAGCUUCUUGGCCAUGCUCAUGAUGGAGGUUGACCAGUUUGUCCUCACCGCGCUCACGCCUGACAUGCUUGCAGCUGAGGAUGCAGAGUCACCAGCAGAUCUGCUGCUCUUCAACAUCACCUCGCCCUUUGGCCCUGGCCAGGGGCACAUGGUCAGCACAGAUGACCGGAGCUUGCCUGUCUCCUCCUUCAGCCAGCGGGAUGUGAGGGAGCUGCGCAUCGCCUACCAGCCACCCACGGAGGACUCAGAUCGGGAGCGGCUCUUUGAGCUCGAGCUGGAAGUGUUGGACCCCGAGGGUGCUGCCUCAGAGCCCUUCGCCUUCGUGAUUGUGGUGAAGCCAAUGAACACCCUGGCACCUGUGGUGACCCGCAACACUGGCCUCGUGCUCUAUGAGGGGCAGUCACGGCCUCUGUCAGGCCCCGGUCCAAGCCCCAACCUGGUGAUCAGUGAUGAGGAUGACCUUGAGCAGGUGCGGGUCAGUGUGGUGGCAGGGCUGAGGCAUGGCCACCUUACUUUGCUGGAGGACACCCCAGUACCUGCUGCCCCUCGUAAGCACUUCACAGUGGCUGAGCUGGCAGCAGGCCGGGUCAUCUACCAGCAUGACGGCAGUGAGUCUCCACUUAGUGACAACCUGGUGCUGCGGCUGGAAGAUGGUGGCUCUCGCCACCGUGUUGAGUUCCUUUUCCCCAUUACCCUGGUGCCCACUGAUGACCAGCCACCCCUACUCAAUGCUAACACAGGGCUGGCCAUGGCUGAGGGUGAAACAGUGCCCAUCACCACCCGUGCUCUUAGUGCCACUGACAUUGACUCACAGGAUGCCAUCCUGCUUUUCACAGUGGAGUCUGGCCCCACUGCUGGGCAGCUCCUCCUCCGUCAAGCACAGCCACCUCCUGGCUGGGAAGAGGAGGAAGAAGAGGAAGGCUUCUCUUGGAGGAGGGUGCCAGGUUUAGCAGGGAGCUCCCUAAUCUAUGAAAAGCCAGUGAGAGAGUGGCUGCAGCAGGACAUUGUGGAAGGGCGUCUCUAUUACCACCACGUUGGGCCUCACAGCCCUGGACCUGGUAUUGUGUUGGACCAGUUCGUCUUCAGAGUCCAGGAUGACAAUGACCCACCCAACCGCUCCGGACCACAGACUUUUGUCAUCCGGGUGCAUCCCGUAGACAGAUUAGCCCCAGAGCUGCAUAGCAGCAGCAGCCUGCACUUAGUAGUUGCAGAACAGCAGGUGACCCCACUGCGAAGGAAGCACUUGUGUUACACAGAUCAGGAUUCAGGGGACCGUGAACUCCGCUAUACAAUAACCCAGCCCCCCACUGACACGAACCACCCUCCAGAAGUAUAUGGAGCCCGCCUUGGAUCCCUCGUGCUGACUGAGGAUCACUCUGUGGAAGUUACCCACUUCACCCAAGCCCAGAUCAAUCAUCACAAGAUAGCGUACCGUCCCCCACAGGAAGAACUGGGGGUGGCUCCUCAUUUGAUUCAGUUUCAGUAUCAAGUGCAAGAUGCAGCUGGCAAUGCAGCUGAGGGGACUUUCACCAUCUACCUGCAGCCUGUGGACAACCAGCCUCCUGAAAUCACUAAUACUGGCUUCACUUUGCCUGAGGGAGGCAGCCAUGUCCUUAGUCCAACUGAGCUGGAUGCCAGUGACACAGACACUGAGCUUGCCCGUCUCAGAUUCAUCCUGACCCAGGCUCCUCGGUAUGGCCAGUUGCAGCUUUCUGGGUACAGUUUGAUUCCAGGAGCUGUCUUCGGCCUGGAGGAUAUCAGACAAGGGCGGGUGGUGUAUGUGCACAGUGGAGCUGAAACCAACAGUGAUACCUGCAGGCUUGAUGUGAGUGAUGGGGUUCAUUUUGUGCCCAUCACACUGAAAAUGAAUGUGCACCCAGUUGAUGAUGAGGUUCCUAUGCUACGGUUACCCCCAGGCACUCUUGGUUCCUACCUGGAUGUGCUGGAGAAUGGGGCUGCUGAAAUCACUGCUAAUGUCAUUCAGGGCACAGAUGAGGAUACAGAUGACUUAAUGUUGACCUUCAUUGUAGAGGAUCCUCCUCAGCAUGGGAACAUCCUGGUCCAAGGGGUGCCUGCAGAGAGAUUUUCCCAGAGAGAUGUGCUUGAUGGUGCUGUGGUAUAUGCUCACACUGGUGGGGAAAUAGGCCUUCUGCCCAAAGAAGAUACCUUCAACCUUACCUUGUCUGACAUGUCUGAGGAAUGGAGCGUCAGGGGCAACGUUGUUCAAGGAGUAUCAGUCUUGGUGACCAUUCUUCCUGUUGACAGUCAAGCCCCAAAGAUUUUUGUGGGGGAGCAGUUCAUGGUAAUGGAAAGUGACAAACGGGUCAUUACUCCUGCUCACCUCAGGGCUGAAGAUGUGGAUACUCCUAAUGAUGAUAUACUCUGCACCAUUGUUGCUCAGCCCACAUCUGGCUAUGUAGAGAACAUUUCUCCAGCCCCAGGAUCUGAAAAAUCCAGAGCAGGUGUAGCUAUAAGUGCUUUUACCUUGAAAGACCUCCGUCAAGGGCAUAUUUUUUAUGUUCAAAGUAUACAUAAGGGUGUGGAGCCUGUUGAAGACAGAUUUGCUUUCCGCUGUUCUGAUGGUAUUAACUUUUCCCAAAGGCACUUUUUCCCUAUUGUCAUUAUGCCGAUCAAUGAUGAAGAGCCUGAAAUCUUUAUACGAGAGUUUGUUGUGAUGGAAGGCAUGAGCCUGGUUAUUGAUACCCCUAUCCUCAACGCAGCUGAUGCAGACAUCCCUGCUGAUGAGUUAGUGUUCACAAUCACCAGACUUCCCAGGCAUGGCCACAUUGUGAACCAGCUGGUCAAUGGAACUGUCCUAGUGGAGAGCUUCACCUUGGAUCAGAUAACAGAGAGCUCCAACAUACUCUAUGAACAUGAUGACUCUGAGACAAAGGAGGACAGUUUUGAGGUGAAACUCACAGAUGGUAAACAUACCAUUAGGAAAAUGGUACUCAUCAUGGUUAUUCCUGUAGAUGAUGAGACACCCAGAAUGGCCAUCAAUGAUGGUUUGGAGAUUGAAAUAGGGGAAACUAGAACUAUUCAUAACAGAAUAUUGAAGGCUACUGACCUGGAUUCUGAAGACAAAACCUUGACAUACAUUAUAAGAUACGGGCCAGGACAAGGCCUCUUGCAGAGAAUAAAGCCUUCAGGUGGAGUUGAGAAUAUUACCCUGGGGAUGAACUUCACCCAAGAUGAAGUGGAUAGAAACUUAAUUCAAUAUAUGCAUUUUGGCCAAGAAGGAGUUCGUGAUCUUAUCAAGUUUGAUGUGACAGAUGGAAUAAAUCCUCUCAUUGACCGCUACUUUUAUGUGACAAUAGGUAGCAUUGAUAUUGUCUUCCCAGAUGUAAUCAGCAAAGGAGUUUCUCUGAAGGAAGGAGGGAAGGUAACCCUUACUACUGAUUUGCUUAGCACCAGUGACCUGAAUAGUCCAGAUGAGAACUUAGUUUUCACUAUUACCAGAGCACCUGUUCGUGGUCAUCUUGAAUGCACAGAUCAGCCUGGGGUACCCAUCUCCACUUUUACUCAACUUCUGUUAGCAGGCAAUAAAAUCUACUACAUUCACACUUCAGAAGAUGAGGUGAAAAUGGACAGCUUUGAAUUUGAGGUGACUGAUGGCUAUAACCCUGUAUUUCGUACUUUCAGAAUUUCUAUCAGUGAUGUGGACAAUAAGAAACCUGUCGUCACAAUCCACAACCUGGUGGUGAGUGAAAAUGAAUACAAACUGAUAACCCCAUUUGAACUCACUGCAGAAGACAGAGAUACACCCGACGCAUUGCUAAAAUUUAUCCUCACUCAAAUACCAGUUCAUGGCCAGAUCAUGUUCAACAACUCCAAACCAGUCACCACCUUCACUAAACAAGAUCUAAAUGAAAAUCUCAUUAGCUACAAACACGAUGGCACAGAAUCAGUUGAGGAUAGCUUCUCUUUCACUGUUACGGAUGGCACUCAUACAGAUUUCUAUGUCUUCCCCAACACUGUGUUUGAAACAAGGAGACCUCAGACAAUGAAGAUACGAAUAAUGGCUGUGGACAACAGUGUACCUCAAAUUGUAAUAAAUAAGGGUGCUCAGACUCUCCGUAUUCUAGCCACAGGUCACAUCGGGUUUCUGAUUACCAGCAAGGUGCUCAAAGUGGAAGACAGGGACAGUUUACAUGCUACGCUCAAGAUCAGAAUCACAGAGGGUCCGCGCCAUGGCUUCCUGAUUCACCUGGGGAAAGGCAACCAUAGCAUCAGCCAGUUCACCCAAGCUGAUAUUGAUGAUAUGAAGAUAUGCUAUGUUUUACGAGGGGGUGACAAUGCCACCAGUGACAUUUUUCAUUUCAUGGUUGAAGAUGGUGGAGGCAAUAAGCUGAAGAAUCAACAUUUUCGCCUAAACUGGGCAUGGAUCUCCUUAGAAAAAGAGUAUUAUUUAGUAAAUGAAGACUCCAAAUAUCUUGAUGUUGUUCUUAAACGGAGAGGUUACCUGGGUGAAACAUCUUUUAUAAGUAUUAGCACCAAAGAUGGUACUGCCAAGAAAGAUAAAGACUUCAGAGGAAAAGCCCAGAAGCAGGUGCAGUUUAAUCCUGGCCAAACCUUAGCUACAUGGCGAGUACGGAUUUUAAGUGAUGGUGAACAUGAGCAGUCUGAGUCCUUUCAAAUUGUUCUUUCUGAGCCAGUCAUGGCAGUUCUGGAAUUUCCUGAUGCAUCCACGGUGGAAAUUAUUGACCCAGGAGAUGAAUCAACUGUCUUUAUUCCUCAGUCCACUUAUACUAUUGAAGAAGAUGUUGGUGAAUUAUUUAUUCCAGUCAGAAGAAGUGGAGAUGUGAGCCAGGAACUGAUGGUUAUCUGCUACACACAACAAGGGACAGCAUCUGGCACUGCCCCAACCUCUGUACUUUCUUACUCUGACUACAUAUCCAGGCCCGAGGAUCACAACAGCAUUCUACGUUUUGAUAAAGACGAACGAGAAAAAAUGUGUCGGAUAGUCAUCAUAGAUGAUUCCUUAUAUGAAGAGGCUGAGACCUUUGAUGUUUUGCUGAGCAUGCCGAUGGGUGGAAGAAUUGGUGCAGAAUUCCCGAGCACUCGAAUUACCAUUAUACCUGAUAAGGAUGAUGAACCAGCAUUCUACUUUGGAAAUGAUGAAUACUAUGUUGAUGAGAGUGCUGGCUAUGUUGAAGUCCGUGUCUGGAGGACUGGAACAGAUCUGUCUAAAGCUGCGUCUGUUACAGUGAGGUCUCGCAAGUCUGAACCAAUAACUGCAGAGGCUGGAGUAGAUUAUGUAGGCAUCAGUCGUAAUUUGGAUUUUUCCCCUGGAGUCAAUAUGCAGACAUUUCGUGUGGUAAUUCUGGAUGACCUUGGACAGCCAGUGUUAGAAGGAACUGAGAAGUUUGAGCUUGUGCUAAGGAUGCCCAUGAAUGCUGCUCUUGGAGAACCCAGCAAGGCCACUAUCUUCAUUAAUGACUCAGUCUCUGACUUGCCUAAGAUGCAGUUUAAAGAAUCUGUAUAUGUAGGCAAUGAAAAUGAAGGACAGAUUUCUGCCAUGAUAUACAGGAGUGGGGAUAUCCGAUACACAUCCACUGUGAGAUGCUAUACAAGGCAAGGUUCAGCUCAGGUAAUGAUGGACUUUGAAGAACGUCCUAAUACUGACAGUUCCAUCAUCACAUUCCUUCCUGGUGAAACUGAGAAGCCUUGCACACUGGUCCUUAUGGAUGAUACUUUCCAUGAAGAAGAGGAAGAACUACGUCUGGUUCUUGGCACUCCAAGAAGUGAUUCUUCCUUUGGUGCCUCUAUUGGCGAACAAAAUGAGACCCUGAUAAAGAUUCGGGAUGAUGCAGACAAGGCUAUUAUUAAGUUUGGUGAGACCAAAUUUAGUGUGAGUGAACCAAAGGACAUAAGGCAAGUAGCAGUUGUAAAAAUCCCAGUGCUUCGUCUGGGAGACACUUCCAAGGUUUCUGUCGUGAGAGUUCAUACAAAGGACGGAUCUGCGACUUCUGGAGAAGACUAUCACCCUAUAUCAGAAGAAAUUGAGUUUAAGGAGGGUGAAACACAGCAUUUUGUGGAAAUUGAAGUUCUGUUUGAUGGAGUAAGGGAGAUGAGAGAAGCCUUCACUGUUCACCUGAAGCCCGAUGAGAACAUGGUCGCAGAAAUACAGACAGCCAAGGCCAUUGUUUACAUUGAAGAAAUGAAUAGCAUGGCAGAUGUCACCUUUCCCUCUGUCCCUCAAGUUGCAUCCCUUUUGAUAUAUGAUGAUACUUCUAAAGCCAAAGACAGAAGCAGUCCCAUAGCUGGCUAUCCUGUCAUCUGUAUCACAGCUUGCAAUCCUAAAUAUGAAGACUUUGAAAAGACUGGUUCAAUAUGUGCCAGUGAGAACAUCAAUAAUACUCUGACACGGUACCGGUGGCUAGUGAGUGCACCCACUGGUCCUGAUGGUGUGACUAGCCCCAUGAAGGAGGUUGACUUUGAUACCUUCUUCACUUCCUCCAAGAUGAUUACGCUUGACUCCAUUUACUUUCAAGCGGGUUCUCGUGUCCAGUGUGCCGCUCGUGCCGUGAAUUCAGAUGGGAGUGAGGGUCUUGAGCUUAUGAGCCCUAUUGUAACUAUAAGCACAUCAGAAG